ACAAUUUCCUGUUCAAAGUUCACUGUUCAUCUGGUUUUGCACUGUGUACAGACUCCUGACUACAUUUGUGUAAAGGUUCAACUUGAUUUUCGAUGAAGACCUAAGGCUUUUUUUGUUUUUUGAACAUUUCUCUGUAAAAUAUAUACUUUCCACAGCGACAAUAAUGAGGUAAUGCUAGUAAUAUUAGUUAGUUAGCUAGCUAGCUAGCUGUCCCAGGAGCAGGCUGGUGUUUUUGCAGCUCUGUGAGCAUAGAGAUUAGUUAUAAUCAUGGACAAUUCAUUUGAAUCAGUAGUGAAUUUGCUGGAGUCCUACAGAGGAAGAGAUAAAGUGAUAAGGACAGUAUGUUAUGGAUCGCAGCUGGUUGGUGGCAUCAUUUCACAAAAAACGGCCAACUCCUCACAGCUCGGCAAGAGUCUCCUGCUCUUCUCAGCUCAGCUCAGUCACUGCCGGACAGUUCUGCGCCUGUUUGAUGACCUUUCUAUGGCUGCUUACUCGCGGAGCUACGGUCUCGGAUCCACGGAGGAGGACAAGGUGCUGCGGUGCAUGUCGGUGCUGAUUAAUGCUGCAGAUCAGCUGUAUUAUCCGUGUGAACACAUUGCCUGGGCAGCUGAUGCAGAGCUCAUUAAAGUCAAGUCUGACAAAUGGUGGACACUGAGCACAGUUCUGUGGGGUGUGUCUUUACUUCUGGGCACUCUCAGAUCGCUCAGAAUAAUCCGGAAAUUAAAGAAGAAGGCGCAGAAGUGCAGAGAAGCAGGACAAGUGGAUAGCAGGGAAAACGCUGUUACCUCCACCGUUGAGAUUCGAAAGCAGAUUUGGGGAGAGUUUCUUAAUAUUCUUAGCAGCCUGGCGGAUCUGAGCAAUGCUAUUCAUUGGAUGCCACCUGGAUUUCUUUGGGCUGGUCACUUCCCUGAUUGGCUGGUGGGACUAAUGGGGACCGCCUCGUCCCUGCUUGGCAUGCUGCACAUGAGUUCCAGUGAUUAAAGUGCCAGCGUCUGACAUGAUGAACUGUGGGGACCUGAAUGAAUGUUUUUUUUGUUUGUUUGUUUGUUUGUUUGUUUGUUUUUGCUUAGAGACUACAUAUUUCCAAUAUUUCAGUUUCUUAUUAGAUUUUACAUGGUGAUGCAAGCUUCACAAUGAUUUCACAUAAUACACUAUAAAAGGUACAUGAUCAGUUCUGAUAUAAUGUAUACAGUACAUAAUUAUGUAAUAUAUAAUCAAGAGACAGAUUGUACAGUAAAAGAAAUAUAGCACUUUAGGUAAAGGAUGUGCACUGAGAAAAUUUAUCAAUUACAAUAAAAAAAACAAUACUUUAUACAUGGAAGACUGAAACAAUUGAGUGCGUCUGUGUUUUAUAACGUUAUUAAUUUCCAUUCAUCAAGAAUUGUGUGUUUAUUUGUUUGUUUGUUUGUUUGUUUACAUUAUCACUGAUUGCUCUAUUAGUUUAUUUUCAUAUUUAUUUAUUCCAUUUGGGUUUCUGUCUUGCUGUAGCUGAAUGUG